CCCGUGUGAAGAAAAUUUGAAUUACUGGCCAGUAUCCGGUAGCCAGUAGCCACCAACCACCUUACUAUCCAUCAUCCUCAUUUCCUCACUCACAGAUCUACCUUUGUCUCGUUUCGUCUAUAAAUAACCAGAUUUCUGCUCCUUUUAUCGUGCGCUUCGGUUGUCUCUCCCUACCUCACCUCACAAGGAUUGAGUGUUGGAUCCAGCUGAUCUACUGCUUGAGGGAUAAAGAUGAAGGUUAUAGACAAAAUUCACUCGGCUGAUCCAAACAGGGUGGUGUUCUCAUUCGAGUUCUUCCCGCCGAAGACUGAAGAUGGGGUGGACAAUCUGUUUGAGAGAAUGGAGCGCAUGGUGGCUCACAAUCCCUCGUUUUGUGAUAUCACUUGGGGUGCUGGAGGAUCAACGGCUGAUCUAACAUUGGAAAUUGCCAACAAGAUGCAGAACAUUGUCUGUGUGGAAACCAUGAUGCACCUCACCUGCACCAACAUGCCUGUUGAGAAGAUUGACCAUGCUCUCCACACCAUCAAGUCCAAUGGCCUCCAGAAUGUGCUUGCACUUCGAGGUGAUCCCCCACAUGGUCAGGACAAAUUUGUCCAGGUCGAAGGCGGCUUUGCCUGCGCUCGCGACUUGGUGAAACAUAUCAGAGCUAAAUAUGGUGACUACUUUGGCAUUACGGUCGCUGGUUAUCCAGAGGCACAUCCGGAUGUUAUAGAAAGCAACGGGUUGGCUUCCCCGGAAGGUUAUCAAAAUGAUCUUGCUUACCUGAAGAGCAAGGUUGAUGCUGGAGCAGAUCUGAUUGUCACCCAGUUAUUUUAUGAUACAGAUAUAUUCCUCAAAUUUGUGAAUGACUGUCGCCAAAUUGGAAUAACUUGUCCUAUUGUCCCUGGAAUUAUGCCCAUUAAUAAUUACAAGGGUUUUCUCCGCAUGACUGGGUUUUGUAAAACAAAGAUACCAGCUGAGAUUAUGGCUGCUUUAGAGCCGAUCAAGGACAACGAAGAAGCUGUCAAGUCUUAUGGAGUUCACCUGGGAACUGAAAUGUGCAAAAAAAUUUUAGCUCAUGGAAUUAAGACAGUGCAUCUUUAUACACUAAAUAUGGAGAAAUCAGCAUUAGCAAUACUAAUGAACCUUGGCUUAAUUGAAGAGACCAAAAUUUCUAGGGCCUUACCUUGGAGACGCCCCGCAAAUGUUUUCCGUGUUAAAGAAGAUGUGCGUCCAAUCUUUUGGGCAAAUCGUCCAAAAAGCUACAUAUCAAGAACCAUAGGAUGGGAUCAAUACCCACACGGGCGUUGGGGUUAUUCCUGCAACCCAUCAUAUGGUGCAUUAACUGAUUAUCAGUUCAUGCGGCCACGUUCGCGGGACAAAAAGCUUAUCGAAGAAUGGGCAGUUCCCUUGAAAAGUGUUGAAGAUAUAUAUGAGAGGUUUAGACUGUAUUGCCUUGGAAAGUUGAGAAGCAAUCCUUGGUCAGAACUAGAUGGUCUUCAGCCAGAGACAAAGAUCAUAAAUGAAUUGCUGGAGAAGAUUAACAUGAAGGGCUUCCUCACAAUCAAUAGCCAGCCAGCUGUCAAUGGGGAAAAAUCGGAUUCCCAUACUGUAGGCUGGGGUGGACCUGGUGGGUAUGUUUAUCAGAAGGCAUAUGUAGAGUUCUUCUGCUCUAAGGAAAAGCUGGAUGCACUUGUUGAUAAAUGCAAGGAUCGAACAUCUUUAACUUAUAUGGCUGUGAAUAAAGAAGGGAGCUGGAAAUCUAAUGCGGGUCAAGCUGAUGUCAAUGCUGUGACAUGGGGUGUCUUCCCAGCUAAGGAGAUAAUACAACCAACCAUUGUAGAUCCCGUCAGCUUCAAUGUAUGGAAGGACGAGGCAUUUGAAAUUUGGUCGAGGGGAUGGGCGUGCUUGUACCCUGAAGGUGAUGCAUCCAGGAAAUUGGUCGAAGAGGUGGGGGGCAGCUACUUCUUGGUCAGUUUGGUGGACAAUGAUUACAUCAAUGGUGAUCUUUUCGCUGUCUUUGCUGAUUUCUGACACGAGCUUCUUAUUUAUUAGUUCUUUAGCUGUGUCAGUUCUGAUGGUUGUCAAGUUCAUUUCCUUAUUUUUAUUUUCUUCUUAAUAUCAUGAUUCAUAUGAUUCUAUGUUAAAAUGGAAAUUACUUUCCUGGGCUAUGUUCGAAAAGCCUUUGUUUUGUCAUUCUUCAGAGUCGCAUGAGUAAAAUCUGUCGUUUCCAUGAAUCACCUGAACGUGGACUUGAGGACAAGUUACUCCCUCUUAAUUUGAUGGUUGUAUCGGACCCAAUUCCCGUUUCUUAAAAUAUGAGUGAACUGUGAAAGUAGAAGAUUGAAGUCUCGUGCCUUAUAUUUUACUUCUAUGUAUCUGAAAACCUCGUUCUGUAUUGACUUUUGAGAAAAAUUUCAAAUAUAUUGCAAUUACUAAUUAUUUGAUA